GCCCCUGUGUGUCAGUGGCUGGGGCCCCCGGGCCGGACCUGUGGCAGCUGGCCGGGGUGGCGGGGUUAGAAGGUUGUGGGCGCGGGCAGAGCUUCGCGGGCCGGGUCCUGCUCGGCGCUGCUGCCGCUGCCCGAGGCCUUUGGCGUCCCUCGGAGAGAGACCGGAGCGGUUCCAGGCCACCCCGGCGCUCACCCAGGUUUGUUAAGAUGAAACGCUGCAGGUGGAUCUUCUGAAGAUAAGAAGGAAGCAAAACAACAUUGCAGACUCUGAAAAAAAAAUUGGGGCCUUUAGAUGCUGGUCUGGAGAAACUUCAGUAAUGGAUCAAAGGAAGAAUGAGAGUAUUGUUCCUAGUAUCACUCAAUUAGAAGAUUUUCUAACAGAACACAAUUCCAAUGUUGUUUGGCUCCUUGUUGCUACCAUUUUAUCCUGUGGAUGGAUUAUUUAUCUCACAUAUUAUAAUUCUCGAAACGUUGGUCUUAUUUUAACAUUGGUUCUUAAUAGAUUAUACAAACAUGGCUAUAUCCAUAUUGGGUCCUUCUCUUUCUCUGUUCUUUCUGGAAAAGUCAUGGUUCGUGAAAUUUAUUACAUUACGGAAGACAUGUCUAUUAGAAUUCAAGAUGGAUUUAUAAUUUUUCGGUGGUGGAAAAUGUAUAAUCCAAAACAGAAACAACAUGAUCCAAAGGCGGAAACCAGAUUAUACAUCACAGUCAAUGACUUUGAAUUUCAUGUCUAUAAUCGUUCGGAUCUUUAUGGACGUCUUCAAGAAUUGUUUGGUUUGGAACCAACAAUAAUUCCACCCAAGAAAGAGGAUGAUAAAACACGGGAAAAUGGAAGAACAAGAACCCAGUCCAAAAUUGAAAGAGUUAAAGUAAAAACAGAAUCUCAAGACCCAACAUCUUCAUGGAGAUCACUUAUUCCAGUCAUAAAGGUCAAUGUGAGCACAGGACGUUUGGCCUUUGGAAAUCAUUACCAACCUCAAACUCUAUGUAUCAACUUUGAUGAUGCUUUCUUAACUUAUACUACAAAACCACCUUCUAGUCAUCUUGACCAAUUCAUGCAUAUUGUGAAAGGGAAGCUUGAAAAUGUUCGAGUAAUGCUUGUUCCUAGUCCAAGAUAUGUUGGUCUUCAAAAUGAUGAACCACCAAGAUUAAUGGGAGAAGGAUUUGUGGUGAUGCAGUCAAAUGAUGUUGACAUCUACUACUACAUGGAUGAACCAGGACUUGUUCCAGAAGAAACAGAAGAAAAUAUUGAAGGAGAAAUGAGCAGUGAGGAUUGCAAAUUACAAGAUUUGCCUCCAUGUUGGGGACUAGAUAUAGUUUGUGGUAAAGGAACAGAUUUCAACUAUGGGCCAUGGGCCGAUAGGCAAAGAGAUUGUUUAUGGAAGUUUUUCUUCCCACCUGAUUAUCAAGUUCUGAAAGUUUCUGAAAUUGCACAGCCUGGGAGACCACGACAGAUCCUUGCUUUUGAACUGCGAAUGAAUAUUAUUGCAGAUGCUACAAUUGAUUUGCUGUUUACCAAAAACAGGGAAACAAAUGCUGUGCAUGUAAAUGUAGGAGCUGGCUCAUAUUUAGAAAUUAAUAUUCCAAUGACAGUUGAGGAAAAUGGUUAUACUCCUGCAAUUAAAGGACAGCUCUUACAUGUUGAUGCCACCACCAGCAUGCAAUACCGGACCCUUUUAGAAGCAGAAAUGUUAGCAUUCCACAUCAAUGCCAGUUAUCCCCGAAUAUGGAACAUGCCACAGACUUGGCAGUGUGAAUUAGAGGUUUAUAAAGCCACCUACCAUUUCAUCUUUGCACAGAAGAACUUCUUUACUGAUUUAAUUCAAGACUGGUCUAGUGAUAGUGCUCCGGACAUUUUUUCAUUUGUGCCAUAUACAUGGAAUUUUAAAAUCAUGUUUCAUCAAUUUGAAAUGAUUUGGGCUGCUAAUCAACACAAUUGGAUUGACUGUUCCACUAAACAACAGGAAAAUGUAUAUCUGGCAGCCUGUGGGGAAACAUUAAACAUUGAUUUCUCUUUGCCUUUUACGGACUUUGUUCCAGCUACGUGUAACACCAAGUUCUCUUUAAGAGGAGAAGAUGUUGAUCUUCAUUUAUUUCUACCAGAUUGCCACCCUAGUAAAUAUUCAUUAUUUAUGCUGGUAAAGAAUUGCCACCCAAAUAAAAUUACUCAUGAUACUGGUAUUCCUGCUGAGUGUCAAAGUGGUCAGAAAACAGUUAAACCAAAAUGGCGGAAUAUUACACAAGAAAAAGCUGGUUGGGUUGAAUGCUGGACUGUCCCAAGUGUCAUGCUUACAAUCGAUUAUACAUGGCAUCCAAUUUAUCCACAAAAAGCAGAUGAGCAGCUAAAACAAUCAUUAUCAGAAAUGGAAGAAACAAUGCUAUCUGUAUUAAGGCCAUCCCAGAAAACAUCAGACAGAGUUGUUUCUACUCCUUCUACUUCUUCACGCCCACCUAUUGAUCCCUCAGAACUUCCACCUGAUAAACUUCAUGUAGAAAUGGAACUUUCCCCAGAUUCUCAAAUAACUCUCUAUGGACCACUAUUAAAUGCCUUCUUAUGUAUAAAGGAAAACUACUUCGGGGAAGAUGACAUGUAUAUGGAUUUUGAAGAGGUUAUUUCAAGUCCUGUUCUGUCACUGUCAACAUCAUCUAGCUCUGGGUGGACUGCUCUUGGAAUGGAAAAUGACAAAAAGGAAAAUGAAAGUUCAGCCAAGUCAAUUCAUCCACUUACCUUACGUCCUUGGGAUAUUACUGUACUUGUUAAUUUGUACAAAGUUCAUGGGCGCCUUCCUGUUCAUGGAACCACUGAUGGCCCUGAGUGCCCUACGGCAUUUUUGGAAAGACUGUGUUUUGAAAUGAAAAAAGGAUUUCGGGAGACCAUGCUGCAACUUGUCCUGUCACCCCUAAAUGUGUUUGUCAGUGAUAACUAUCAGCAGCGACCUCCUGUGGAUGAAGUACUCAGGGAGGGUCACAUCAAUUUGUCAGGUCUCCAGCUGAGAGCACAUGCUAUGUUCUCAGCAGAAGGUCUUCCUUUGGGAAGUGAUUCCUUAGAAUAUGCAUGGUUAAUUGAUGUGCAGGCUGGAAGUCUUACAGCUAAGGUCACAGCACCACAGCUAGCUUGUCUCUUGGAGUGGGGACAGACAUUUGUUUUUCAUGUGGUAUGUCGGGAGUAUGAACUGGAAAGACCUAAAUCAGUAAUAAUAUGUCAGCAUGGAUUUGACCGUCGGUUCUGUGAAUCCAAGUUGAGUUGUAUUCCUGGGCCUUGUCCAACUUCAGAUGAUUUGAAAUAUACUAUGACUCGUUUAGCAGUAGAUGGAGCAGAUAUUUAUAUUGUGGAGCAUGGCUGUGCUACAAAUCUAAAGAUGGGUGCAAUUCGAGUUGCAAACUGUAAUCUCCACAAUCAGUCGGUUGGGGAAGGAAUAAGUGCUGCAAUUCAGGAUUUUCAAGUGAGACAGUACAUUGAACAAUUAAAUAAUUCCAGAGUUGGACUUCAGCCUGCAGUACUGCGGAGGGCCUAUUGGCUUGAAGCGGGAUCAGCCAAUUUAGGACUCAUUACUGUUGAUAUCGCCUUAGCUGCUGAUCAUCAUUCUAAACAUGAGGCUCAGAGACAUUUCUUAGAAACUCAUGAUGCCAGAACUAAGAGGUUGUGGUUUUUGUGGCCAGACGAUACCCUGAAGAAUAAGAGGUGUAGGAACAAGUGUGGUUGUCUCGGUGGCUGCAGAUUCUUUGGUGGCACAGUAACUGGCCUAGAUUUCUUCAAACUUGAAGAGUUGACACCUUCCAGUAGUUCUGCAUUUUCAAGCACGAGUGCAGAGUCUGAUAUGUAUUAUGGACAGUCUCUGCUACAGCCUGGAGAAUGGAUUAUUACUAAAGAAAUUCCCAAAAUUGUAGAUGGUAAUGUGAAUGGCAUGAAGAGGAAAGAAUGGGAAAACAAAUCAGUGGGAAUAGAAGUAGAAAGAAAAACUCAGCACCUUAGUCUUCAAGUACCAUUACGAUCUCAUAGCUCAUCCUCUUCCUCAGAAGAGAAUAGUAGUUCUAGUGCUGCACAGCCUUUAUUGGCCGGAGAAAAGGAAAGUCCCUCUUCUGUUGCUGAUGACCAUUUGGUCCAAAAAGAAUUCUUGCAUAGUGCAAAAAGAGAGGAUGGUCAAGUAGGUAUUCCUACAGAAAUUUCAGGAAACAGCCCUGUAUCUCCUAAUACUCAGGAAAAGUCAGUAGGUCAAUCUCCUUUGAGAUCUCCCUUGAAACGACAAGCCUCUGUAUGUUCCACUCGACUUGGGAGUACCAAGAGCCUUACUGCUGCUUUUUAUGGGGACAAGCAACCUGUUACAGUUGGAGUCCAGUUUAGUAGUGAUGUCUCCCGAAGUGAUGAAAAUGUAUUAGACUCACCAAAGCAGAGAAGAAGUUUUGGUUCAUUUCCAUACACACCAUCGGCAGACUCCAAUUCAUUUCAUCAAUAUCGGUCAAUGGAUUCCAGCAUGUCAAUGGCUGAUAGCGAAGCCUACUUUUCUGCAGCUGAAGAAUUUGAGCCCAUUAGCAGUGAUGAAGGCCCUGGAACUUAUCCAGGUAGAAAAAAGAAGAAAAAGCAAACACAGCAGAUUGACUACAGUAGGGGUUCCAUAUAUCACAGUGUGGAGGGACCACUUACUGGCCAUGGAGAAAGCAUUCAGGAUCCCCGAACUCUGCCAUUCAAAACUCAUCCUUCCCAGGCUUCAUUUGUUUCUGCAUUAGGUGGAGAAGAUGACGUUAUAGAACAUCCAUAUGUUGUAGAGGUUGAGAAAACAGUAGAGAGUGAACAGAUUACUUCUCAACAACCUGUGAUGAAUUGUUACCAGACUUACCUUACUCAGUUCCAGGUACUUAAUUGGUCAGUGAAGCACCCUACUAACAAAAGAACCUCUAAGUCCUCAUUGCAUCGUCCCCUCGAUCUUGAUACUCCAACCAGUGAAGAAAGUUCAUCAUCAUUUGAACAGCUUUCUGUUCCAACUUUUAAGGUUAUCAAACAGGGGCUCACAGCUAAUUCUUUACUAGACAGAGGAAUGCAACUUUCAGGAUCAACUUCGAAUACACCAUAUACUCCUCUGGAAAAGAAAACUGUUGAUAACACAGAUGAUGAAACGUUGACAGAAGAGUGGACCCUGGAUCAACCAGUCUCUCAGACCAGGACCACAGCCAUAGUUGAAGUAAAAGGGACUGUUGAUAUUGUUCUGACUCCUCUGGUGGCUGAAGCUUUAGACAGGUACAUUGAAGCAAUGGUUCAUUGUGCUAGUACCCGCCAUCCAGCUGCAAUUGUAGAUGAUCUCCAUGCCAAAGUCCUCAGGGAGGCUGUCCAAAAUAGCAAGACUACCUUCUCAGAAAAUCUAUCUUCCAAACCAGAUGUUAGAGGAACAAAAACUGAACAUGCCACCAUAGGAACGACUAACCAAGGACAAGCACAGACAAAUCUUGUGAUGAAGCAAGAUAAUGUAACAAUUAAAGGUCUUCAGGCUAAUGUUAGCAUACCAAAGGUAAACUUAUGUUUGUUACAAGCCUCAGUGGAAGAAUCUCCAAGUACAGCUCCUAGUAAAAGUGUGACUCAUGUUUCUCUAGUAGCAUUGUGUUUUGACAGAAUUGCUACGCAAGUUCGUAUGAACAGAGGUGUGGUUGAAGAGACUUCAAAUACAGAACCUGGUAGAACAUCAAAUUUUGAUAGGUAUGUCCAUGCCACUAAGAUGCAGCCUCAGUCAUCUGGAUCUCUCAGAUCAAAUGCUGGAGCAGAAAAAGGCAAAGAAAUUGCAGCCAAGUUAAAUAUUCAUCGAGUUCAUGGGCAGCUUAGGGGUCUUGAUACAACAGAUAUUGGUACCUGUGCCAUCACUGCUAUUCCUUUUGAGAAGUCCAAAGUUUUAUUUACUCUGGAAGAGUUGGAUGAGUUUACUUUUGUGGAUGAAACUGAUCAGCAAGCUGUUCCAGAUGUAACUCGAAUAGGUCCCAGCCAAGAAAAAUGGGGUUGGAUAAUGUUUGAAUGUGGACUUGAAAACUUAACCAUAAAAGGAGGAAGACAGUCUGGUGCUGUUUUAUAUAAUACUUUUGGAAUUAUGGGUAAAGCUAGUGUCACAGAAAGAGGUGGAGUGCUGACAUCCAAUAAUUCUUCUGAUUCUCCAACUGGCAGUGGCUAUAAUACUGAUGUCUCUGAUGAUAAUCUUCCCUGUGAUCGAAUAAGCCCUUCUUCAGACUUAAAUGGAAAUUCUGUUUCAGAUGAACAAGAUGAAGGAGUUGAAUCUGAUGAUUUGAAAAAAGAUUUACCUCUGAUGCCUCCACCUCCAGAUUCAUGUAGCAUGAAGUUGACCAUCAAGGAAAUUUGGUUUAGUUUUGCAGCUCCCACCAAUGUGAGAUCUCCUACACAUGCAUUUUCUAGGCAGCUGAACCUUUUAAGCACUGCAACUCCAGCUGUUGGUGCAUGGCUUGUUCCCAUUGAUCAACUCAAAUCAUCCUUAAACAAAUUAGAAACUGAGAGCACCUUGAGAAUUUGUGCUGUUAUGGGAUGUAUAAUGACAGAAGCAUUAGAGAAUAAAAGUGUACAUUUUCCCUUAAGAAGUAAAUACAACAGACUUACAAAAGUUGCCCGUUUUCUCCAAGAAAAUCCUUCAUGUUUACUGUGCAAUAUACUACAUCACUACCUGCACCAGGCAAAUUACUCCAUCAUUGAUGAUGCUACAAUGAGUGAUGGACUUCCUGCUUUGGUAACAUUAAAGAAAGGUUUAGUUGCAUUGGCAAGGCAGUGGAUGAAGUUUAUUGUGGUGACACCAGCCUUUAAAGGAGUUAGCUUACACAGACCAGCUCAGCCACUGAAACCUCAGUCAGCUGUGGACCAUGAACAUGAAGACGGACUUGGGUUAGACAAUGGAGGUGGUCUUCAAAGUGACACCAGUGCUGAUGGAGCAGAAUUUGAAUUUGAUGCAGGUACCACAGUCAGUGAACACACAAUGCUACUAGAAGGAACAGCCAACCGUCCUCCACCUGGUAGCUCUGGACCUGUAACUGGAGCUGAGAUAAUGAGGAAACUUUCUAAGACUCAUACCCACAGUGACUCUGCAUUAAAGAUAAAGGGUAUUCACCCAUAUCAUUCUUUGAGCUAUACCAGUGGAGACACUGCCACAGAUUCUCCGGUACAUGUUGGACGUGCUGGGAUGCCAGUUAAGGAGAGUCCAAGGAAGGAGAGCCUACUCAGCUACCUGACUGGAAGCUUCCCAAGCUUGCACAACCUCCUAGAAGGGACUCCUCAAAGAAGUAGUGCAGCUAUAAAAAGCAGCUCCCUAACGAGAACAGGAAAUACAAUGGCCACUGAUAUGUUAUCUGAACAUCCCUUGCUAUCUGAGCCAUCAUCUGUGAGUUUCUAUAAUUGGAUGUCAAAUGCUGUGGGUAAUCGUGGAAGUGUGGUACAAGAAUCUCCUGUUACAAAAUCCACGCACAAUAGUCUUCCAUCAGGUGUUGCACCCAAUCUUCCUACAAUACCCUCAGCCUCAGAUUUCAACACCGUCUUAUCUAGUGACCAGAAUACUUUGGAUGGAACACAUUCUCAGCAUAGCACUAGUCAGGAUGAUGUGGCAGGUGUAGAAGAAGCCAACCAAGGGUUUCCUGCUGUGCAGCUUGCUGAUGCACAGGUUGUUUUCAGACCUCUUCUCAGUCAUACAGGGAUUCAGUCACAGGAUGCAAUGCCACUCUGCUACCGAAUGUACUUUGGAGAACACCUUUCAUUUUCAGGGACUUUGGACUGCCUUAGAGCAGAUAUUGUGGAUUCGGACACAGCCAAAGAGAGAAAAGGCAAAAGAGCAAGAAGGCAAGGUCAUGUGAGUCUUCCUCCACUUGAAUUCAAACCAGCAUUAAUGUUGGAAACCUUUAGCAUCAGUGCUGUUGUAAUGGAAAAGUCAGUGUGCACGCCUCAGAACUCUACCAGUGCUCUUUCUUUUCAUGAUCUCAACAAACGGUAUUAUAAUACCUUCCACUGUAACUUUACUAUUUCUUGUCAAUCAAUAAGCCAGCAUGUAGAUAUGGCUUUGGUUCGUCUUAUUCAUCAAUUUAGUACGAUGAUAGAUGACAUCAAAGCGACUCAGACAGACAUUAAACUUAGCAGAUAUACAGCUGGAUCGGCUUCCCCAACACCUACCUUCAAAACCAGAAAACAUCGGGAUUUUCGCUCAUCUGACUUCAGCCGCAGUUCUAGAGGAAGUCUGAAUGGUGGCAAUAGAGUAAACAAUGCAAAGAACAAACGGACCAACAAUGAAAAUAACAAAAAGGAAUCUCGAAACAAAAAUUCAUUAGGAAGAUCUGAAAGAAGAACUUCAAAAGUGUCUAGGAAAGGUUCAAAAGAUGUGGUGGACCAUAUGACUAUUCAUAUGGAUGACUCUGAUUCAAUUACAGUGUCAGAACAAAGUGAGCCUUCGGCUGAGUGCUGGCAGAAUAUGUAUAAAUUACUUAACUUCUAUUCACUUAUCUCUGAUCCAACAGGAAUAUUGGAAAAAUCUUCAGAAACAUUUGGACCAGCAGGAGUUCGGAGCCCUACAGAGCCAACAUGUAAAGUUGUGUUUGAGAAUGAACAAGACGGUAAUAGUUUGACUAAGACACAGAGGAAACGUAGCUUGGUGACUUCUGAACCUCAGCAUGUUACUCUGAUAGUGUUUGGGAUUGGCAUGGUGAACCGCACUCACCUGGAGGCUGACAUUGGGGGGCUAACAAUGGAAUCAGAACUGAAGAGGAUCCACGGCAGCUUUACACUUAAGGAAAAAAUGAAAGAUGUUUUACAUCAAAAGAUGACUGAAACGUGUGCCACUGCUCAUAUUGGUGGGGUUAAUAUUGUGCUGCUUGAAGGGAUUACACCAAAUAUACAAACUGUAGUGAAAUGUAGUAUUGCCAAGUCACAAGCCCUCUACAGUGCCCAGAGAGGGUUGAAGACUAACAAUGCUGCCGUGUUCAAAGUAGGAGCUAUCAGCAUCAACAUUCCCCAGCACCCUGCCACCUUACAUAGCAUGAUGGUUCGGAGUUCCCACCAACUAUCUAAGCAGAUCUCAGAUCUUAUCAGACAGCCUUCUACAGCCCCACAGCCCAUGAAAGAAGAUAUUGCAACGCCCCUACCUUCUGAAAAAACUCCAACAAGUGUUAAUCAGACUCCUAUUGAAACAAAUGAAUUUCCUCAGCUACCCGAAGGUUUAGAAAAGAAGCCUAUUGUUCUUAAAUUCAGUGCCAUGUUAGAUGGUAUAGCCAUUGGAGCCGCACUUUUACCAUCUCUGAAAGCAGAAUACAAAAUGGGAAGAAUGAGAAGUCAUGGAAUGACAGGUGCACAGACCAGGUUUACAUUUGAGCUGCCAAAUCACAGAUUACGUUUUACUUCAAAAGUUUCUGCCACAGAUAUGUCAACCAUUCCUCCUUCUGCCAGUCUCAACCUUCCUCCUGUUACUAUGUCAGGGAAAUAUAUAAUGGAAGAACAUGAUAGUUAUUCAGAUCAGGUGUGGAGUAUUGAUGAACUACCUUCUAAACAAGGGUACUAUUUACAGGGAAAUUAUCUACGUUGUGUGGCAGAAGUUGGUUCCUUUGAACAUAAUCUCACAACUGAUCUUCUAAACCACUUGGUAUUUGUACAGAAAGUGUUCAUGAAGGAAGUUAAUGAAGUAAUACAGAAAGUUUCUGGUGGGGAGCAGCCUAUUCCUCUUUGGAAUGAGCAUGAUGGAACAGCAGAUGGAGAUAAGCCUAAAAUUCUGCUUUAUUCCCUGAACUUGCAGUUUAAGGGUAUUCAAGUAACAGCUACUACUCCAUCAAUGAGAGCUGUCAGGUUUGAAACUGGAUUGAUAGAGCUGGAACUUUCGAAUCGACUUCAAACCAAAGCUUCACCAGGGAGUAGCAGCUAUCUGAAACUGUUUGGUAAAUGCCAAGUGGAUUUAAAUCUGGCAUUAGGACAAAUUGUCAAACAUCAAGUUUAUGAAGAAGCUGGUUCUGAUUUUCAUCAAGUUGCCUAUUUUAAAACCAGAAUUGGAUUAAGAAAUGCCCUCCGAGAAGAAAUCAGUGGUUCUUCAGAUAGAGAAGCUGUGCUUAUUACCUUGAAUAGACCAAUUGUUUAUGCACAGCCUGUGGCCUUUGAUAGAGCUGUGCUAUUUUGGCUGAAUUAUAAGGCUGCCUAUGACAACUGGAAUGAACAACGAAUGGCUUUACAUAAAGAUAUUCAUAUGGCUACAAAGGAAGUAGUAGAUAUGCUACCAGGUAUCCAGCAAACAUCAGCCCAGGCCUUUGGGACUCUCUUCCUCCAGCUCACUGUGAAUGAUCUGGGAAUAUGUCUGCCCAUCACAAAUACUGCACAGUCUAAUCACACUGGAGACCUUGACAUUGGUUCUGCUUUAGUAUUGACCAUUGAAAGUACUCUCAUCACUGCUUGUUCUUCAGAAUCUCUGGUUAGUAAAGGGCAUUUCAAAAACUUUUGUAUUCGUUUUGCUGAUGGCUUUGAGACGUCGUGGGAUGACUGGAAACCAGAAAUUCGUGGCGAUCUAGUGAUGAAUGCCUGUGUAGUUCCAGAUGGCACCUAUGAAGUAUGUUCUAGGACUACAGGACAAGCAGCUGCUGAAAGUAGUAGUGCUGGAACAUGGACACUCAAUGUUUUAUGGAAAAUGUGUGGGAUCGAUGUCCACAUGGAUCCUAACAUUGGCAAAAGACUUAAUGCUCUGGGCAAUACCCUUACGACCCUGACAGGAGAGGAGGACAUAGAUGAUAUUGCUGAUCUAAAUUCAGUGAACAUAGCUGAUCUGUCAGAUGAGGAUGAAGUUGAUACUAUGUCUCCCACUAUCCAUACUGAAGCUGUAGAUUAUCGAAGACAAGGAGCAUCUUGUAGCCAGCCAGGAGAACUUAGAGGAAGAAAAAUUAUGAAGCGUAUAGUGGAUAUCAGAGAACUGAAUGAACAGGCCAAAGUAAUAGAUGAUCUUAAAAAAUUAGGUGCAAGUGAAGGAACCAUAAACCAGGAAAUUCAGCGUUAUCAACAGUUAGAAUCUGUUGCUGUGAAUGAUAUUCGAAGAGACGUUCGUAAGAAAUUACGGAGGUCCAGUAUGCGAGCUGCUUCUCUAAAGGAUAAGUGGGGUUUGGGUUACAAACCAAGUUAUAGCCGUUCAAAAAGCAUUUCUGCUUCUGGAAGACCUCCUCUUAAACGAAUGGAAAGGGCAAGUUCUCGAAUGGGAGAAACUGAGGAGCUCCCUGAAAUCCGUGUGGAUGCAGCAUCUCCAGGACCCAGAGUAACUUUCAAUAUCCAAGAUACAUUUCCAGAGGAAACAGAACUGGACCUUUUGUCAGUAACCAUUGAAGGUCCAUCCCAUUACUCCUCGAAUAGUGAAGGAUCAUAUUCCGUGUUCAGUUCUCCCAAAACUCCAGGAGGCUAUUCAUCAGGCAUUCCUUUCCAACCUGAAGAGGGCCGACGGGAUGACAGUUUGUCUUCUACUAGUGAAGAUUCUGAGAAGGAUGAAAAGGAUGAAGACCAUGAGAGGGAAAGGUUUUAUAUUUACAGGAAACCCUCACAUACAUCUCGUAAAAAAGCAACAGGCUUUGCUGCUGUUCAUCAACUAUUUACAGAACGCUGGCCCACAACUCCAGUCAACCGAAGUCUCAGUGGCACUGCUACAGAGAGAAAUAUUGAUUUUGAACUUGAUAUACGAGUCGAAAUUGAUAGUGGAAAAUGUGUGCUCCACCCAACUACCCUUCUGCAAGAACAUGACGAUAUAAGCUUGAGAAGGAGUUAUGAUAGAAGUUCCAGGAGUUUAGAUCAAGAUUCUCCUUCAAAAAAGAAGAAGUUUCAAACUAAUUAUGCUUCUACCACCCAUUUAAUGACUGGCAAGAAAGUGCCAUCAUCUCUACAGACAAAGUCUAGUGACUUAGAAACGACAGUUUUUUACAUUCCUGGAGUUGAUGUAAAGUUGCAUUACAAUUCCAAGACACUAAAGACCGAAUCACCCAAUGCCUCCAGAGGAUCUUCCUUGCCAAGAACCCUCUCUAAAGAGUCCAAGCUGUAUGGUAUGAAAGAUAGUGCACCAUCUCCUCCUUCUCCUCCUUUACCUUGCACUGCCCAGAGCAAGACUAACACCUUACUUCCUCCCCAACCCCCACCUAUUCCCUCAGCCAAAGGAAAAGGAAGUGGAGGAGUAAAAACAGCCAAAUUAUAUGCUUGGGUAGCACUUCAGUCAUUGCCAGAAGAAAUGGUUAUUAGUCCCUGCCUAUUAGAUUUUCUGGAAAAAGCUCUGGAAACUAUCCCAAUUACACCAAUUGAAAGGAAUUAUACAACUGUCAGUUCACAAGAUGAAGAUAUGGGACAUUUUGAAAUACCAGAUCCUAUGGAAGAAUCAACAACAUCAUUAGUAUCAUCUUCGACAUCUGCUUACUCUUCCUUCCCUGUAGAUGUUGUGGUUUAUGUACGAGUUCAGCCCUCACAGAUCAAGUUUAGCUGUUUACCAGUAUCAAGAGUAGAAUGCAUGCUAAAGCUACCAUCCCUGGACUUGGUGUUUUCUUCCAACCGAGGUGAACUGGAGACUUUAGGGACCACGUAUCCCACAGAGACUUUAUCCCCUGGAGGUAAUGCUACUCAGAGUGGAACAAAGACCUCUACAAGCAAAACUGGAAUACCGGGUUCAUCCGGCCUAGGCAGCCCUCUUGGCAGAAGUCGACAUAGUAGUAGUCAGUCAGAUCUGACCAGUUCUAGCAGCAGUUCGUCUGGGUUGAGCUUCACUGCAUGCAUGUCUGACUUUUCCCUUUAUGUAUUUCAUCCGUACGGAGCAGGGAAACAAAAAACUGCUGUUUCUGGGCUCACACCUGGAUCAGGAGGACUAGGGAAUGUGGAUGAAGAACCCACUUCAGUCACUGGUCGAAAAGACUCACUCAGUAUAAACCUUGAAUUUGUAAAAGUGAGUUUGUCUCGGAUAAGGCGCUCAGGAGGUGCCUCAUUUUUUGAAAGUCAGUCUGUAAGCAAAUCUGCAAGCAAAAUGGACACUACACUAAUCAAUAUAUCUGCUGUAUGUGAUAUAGGGUCUGCCUCCUUUAAAUAUGAUAUGCGUCGACUCAGUGAAAUUCUGGCAUUUCCAAGAGCCUGGUAUAGGAGAAGUAUUGCAAGACGCCUAUUCCUUGGAGACCAAACUAUAAAUUUGCCAACAUCUGGCCCAGGGACACCUGAUUCCAUUGAAGGGGUAAGCCAGCAUCUUUCUCCUGAAUCGUCAAGAAAAGCUUACUGCAGGACCUGGGAGCAGCCUAGUCAGUCAGCCUCUUUCACCCACAUGCCUCAGUCACCUAAUGUAUUCAAUGAGCAUAUGACAAACAGCACCAUGUCACCAGGGACAGCAGCACAGAGCCUAAAAUCCCCAGCUUCCAUAAGAUCAAGGAGUGUGUCUGAUUCUUCAGUUCCCCGAAGAGAUUCACUUUCAAAAACAUCAACUCCUUUUAACAAAUCGAACAAAGCAGCAAGCCAACAAGGGACCCCAUGGGAAACAUUGGUCGUGUUUGCCAUCAACUUGAAACAAUUAAACGUUCAAAUGAAUAUGAGUAAUGUAAUGGGAAAUACAACUUGGACAACUAGUGGUUUGAAGAGCCAGGGCCGUCUGUCGGUAGGAAGUAAUCGAGAUCGAGAGAUAAGCAUGUCUGUAGGUCUGGGAAGAUCACAGUUGGAUUCUAAAGGAGGAGUAGUUGGAGGGACCAUAGAUGUCAAUGCUUUGGAGAUGGUUGCUCAUAUUUCUGAACAUCCAAAUCAGCAACCUAGUCACAAAAUUCAGAUUACUAUGGGUUCUACUGAAGCUCGUGUUGAUUACAUGGGCUCAAGUAUCCUCAUGGGUAUCUUCAGUAAUGCUGAUCUCAAGCUUCAGGAUGAAUGGAAAGUAAAUCUGUAUAACACACUGGAUUCAAGCAUGACUGAUAAAAGUGAAAUAUUUGUCCAUGGAGAUUUGAAGUGGGAUAUUUUCCAAGUAAUGAUAUCAAGAUCAACUACACCAGACCUGAUAAAAAUAGGAAUGAAGCUCCAGGAAUUUUUCACACAACAAUUUGACACCAGCAAACGAGCUCUUUCUACCUGGGGACCUGUUCCAUAUCUUCCACCUAAGACAAUGACUAAUAACCUAGAGAGAAGUUCACAAGAACAAUUGCUCGAUGCAGCUCAUCAUCGACAUUGGCCUGGAGUAUUGAAGGUGGUAUCAGGAUGCCACAUAUCCUUAUUUCAGAUUCCAUUACCAGAAAAUGGAAUGCAGUUCGGAGGAUCAAUGAGCUUGCAUGGAAAUCAUAUGACACUAGCUUGUUUUCAUGGUCCAAAUUUCCGUUCAAAAUCCUGGGCCCUUUUUCACUUAGAAGAACCAAAUAUUGCUUUUUGGACCGAAGCUCAGAAAAUCUGGGAAGAUGGCUCUAGUGAUCAUUCUACAUAUAUUGUACAAACGUUGGAUUUUCAUCUGGGCCAUAAUACCAUGGUUACCAAACCAUGUGGUGCUUUGGAAAGUCCUAUGGCAACAAUAACCAAAAUAACAAGGCGUCGCCAUGAAAACCCACCCCAUGGAGUAGCAAGUGUAAAAGAAUGGUUCAACUAUGUUACAGCCACAAGGAAUGAAGAGCUAAACCUACUUCGUAAUGUUGAUGCUAAUAACACUGAAAAUAGCACUACAGUGAAGAAUUCUAGUUUGUUGAGUGGAUUCAGAGGAGGUUCUAGUUACAAUCAUGAAACAGAGACUAUCUUUGCAUUACCAAGGAUGCAGCUUGAAUUUAAAUCCAUUCAUGUACAAGAACCACAGGAACCUUCAUUACAGGAUGCCAGCCUGAAGCCGAAGGUAGAAUGUAGUGUGGUGACAGAGUUCACUGACCACAUUUGUGUAACUAUGGAUGCUGAGCUCAUCAUGUUUCUUCAUGAUUUAGUGUCAGCUUAUCUUAAAGAAAAAGAAAAAGCCAUUUUUCCACCUCGGGUCUUAUCUACUCGACCAGGACAGAAAAGUCCAAUUAUUAUACAUGAUGACAAUUCCUCUGACAAAGACAGAGAGGACAGCAUCACUUACACUACUGUGGACUGGAGAGAUUUUAUGUGCAACACAUGGCAUCUAGAACCCACUCUCAGAUUAAUAUCUUGGACUGGAAGAAAGAUUGAUCCAGUGGGUGUUGAUUACAUUCUUCAAAAACUGGGCUUCCAUCAUGCCAGGACUACUAUUCCUAAAUGGCUUCAAAGAGGAGUCAUGGACCCACUUGACAAGGUUCUGUCAGUACUUAUAAAAAAACUCGGUACUGCACUACAGGAUGAAAAGGAAAAGAAAGGAAAAGACAAAGAAGAACACUAAAAAAGUAACUUGAUAUGUGAACAAAUUAUGAUUGUGUCCAUUAAGUUUUAUUACACUGGAGUGUUUUUUUUUCUUUUUGUAUAGUAAAAUUAUUUUCCGUAUAACUUAAAAUAACUCUAAUUUUGUGGCCAUUAUAUUGAAAGUUUGUAAGUUAACCUGUGUAUUCUAGUUCCACCAUUCUGUAUACAGUGAAGUAUUGCAUGAUAAUGUAAAUUUUGUGAAAAACUAGAUUAAAAUAUAUAAAUCUGCUCAGUAGGGUUUAUAAUUGUAUUAUGUGCAAUAUGAUUCCUGCAUCUUUAAAAUAUUUUCAGAGUAACUGUGAAUUUUUGCUAUUGGCCAUAACUUUUAGAAAAAAUCUUGUUGAUAAUGUGAUUUUUUUUUUUCGGUCAUUAAUUGCUUUUUCUUUUUUUAAAAUGUAGUCUUGUAAAAAUACCAGUUUGUAUAUAGUUUGAGUAAUUGUGAUAUGAUUACCACUAAAAUAUUGUUUGUAACUAUUGUAAUAAAGUCACAGUAAUUGGUUUCA